AUCCACCUUUAACUCUACUAUUCUGAAUAUUUAAAAAAAGGCUGAGAGGAGUCCACCUAUAACUCUAUUCUGUCUGAACCGCCUCUAGCUUUCUGCCCCUUUUGUGUGUUCGCCUAAUCUUUCAGUUCUAGAAUUUGCAGAACGAACCAGAACACACUGUAAUCAUGUCUUCACCAAGCAAGCGGAGGGAGAUGGACUUGAUGAAACUGAUGAUGAGCGACUACAAGGUCGAGAUGAUCAAUGAUGGAAUGCAGGAGUUCUAUGUAGAAUUUCACGGACCCAAAGAGAGUCCUUAUCAAAAUGGUGUGUGGAAAGUGAGGGUAGAAUUGCCAGAUGCCUAUCCUUAUAAGUCUCCUUCUAUUGGUUUUGUCAAUAAGAUUUAUCAUCCCAAUGUUGAUGAAAUGUCAGGCUCGGUUUGCUUAGAUGUUAUAAAUCAGACAUGGAGCCCUAUGUUUGAUCUGGUAAAUGUGUUUGAAGUGUUUCUUCCUCAACUGCUAUUGUAUCCUAACCCAUCAGACCCACUGAAUGGAGAGGCUGCAGCUCUAAUGAUGCGUGAUCGGCCCUCUUAUGAUCAAAGAGUGAAAGGUUCAUAGGUCACUAGUAAAAAAUUGGAAUUGAUGUGGCUCAUGUAAUCUUUUCUAUGAAGUGACAUUGGAAUGGAUUACGGCACUGUAUUGCAUGGGCAGUUUUUGUUAGUUGGCUUUAUUAUGAUUAAGAAUCCGAUUUGGAGGAAUGUUGUAGCAGAUUAGCUCAUUAGCUGUAUAGUUAAUUUGUAUAUCAUGGUGAGAGUGAUUUGUUCUAAUUUUCAAGAAUGAUGGUGUUGUAUGAACAUAUUUGAAUUUGAAGAUAGAAUCACUCAUAUCAUCUACUUUCAGAGUUCUGUGAAAAAUAUGCAAAGGCUUCAGAUGCUGGGGUGGUGCCGGAAGAGAAGUCUAGCGAUGAGGAGUUGAGCGAAGACGAAUAUGCUUGUAGUGAAGAAGAGGAAGAAAUUGCAGGAAAAACGGAUCUUUAAGAGAUAGAACGAUGUGCUCUUUCACUAAAUGCCUCUAUUUGUACAUGAAACCAAAGCUAGUUUAUAUUUAGAUCAAUCAAUAAACUCUACAUUCUGCUCAGUAUUCCUUUUCCUUUAACAUCUGUUGCACCUUCUGUUAACAUAGUAUGAUGAUCUCAUGGCUGAUAUGGUUCGUGAUUGAUGAUGCUUUGUCUGUAUAGAUGGUGUUCUUUCUUCUUCGGAAUUUCAUCAAUAUUUUGUUUUUGUUUUUUGCA